AUGAAUGGCCAGGAAGGCCAGGAGACCCGACAGACUGUGCUCAACUGGAAGACUGGAAGGAGGAAGCUGCGCACGCUUGCCUCGUUAGCUGACGUACAGCCAUCACCCGCUCGUGUCGCCGAUACGCUCAUUAUCCUGCUGCACUGCAGCAGUCUAGCGACGUGUACACUGGAUACGGACUUUGCGCUUCUUCCAGCACUCAAACUCGGAGAGGGAGGGGGCGGGAUGCGCGAACGGAGAUUGGGAUAUCGAUAUCUGAUCGAACGGAUGCCGCCGGGCCACGAGCUGGGACUGCUGCUCGUGAAUACUGUGCGAAAGUGUGGCCUUGACAUAGCUGACGGCAGAGCUAACGCCCAGCCCGAGUAUACGACUACGAACCCUCGCGGCCCUCUCUGCGCUCGCAGUGACGGGGGAAGAGUACCCCCUCUCGCUCCGGCAGCUGGGCAAGCUCAUCAGGCACGAGCAGGACCCGGGCGUGCUGACUGGACUGCUGCGAGCGUUCACUGCAGCGCUCGAGACGCCGGCCGGCGGCGUAAAGCGUACGACUCCGUGUUCAUCGCGGCCGCGCGGCAUGCGGACGGCGGGCCCAUUGCUUCGGCCGGCCUCAGGACCGUUACGGCGAUUGUGAAGGCGACGACGGGCGAAUUAAAGGACCACGUUAGGGAGCAGGCGCAGGGUCUGCUCGAGCAGGUCGGCGAGGGCGCGUCGCUGCCCCCGCCGCCGUCGGUGUCGGUAUCGAGGAGCGUGCUCAGCUCGCCGCGCUCGGGGUCGCAGAGUAUGCAGCUUCACAGCCCACAGCGGGGCCCGCAACGUGAGCUAACCACUGGUCUUCGCAAGCUGACGCCAGCACACCUCCUCGAGGCGUCUGCGCUCGCUGCGGCGCUGUAUGAACUUUCCGGGAGCGUAGACGCUGAUCCUCUCUUGUCGCAUUUGCGCAACCUCCUCGUUCCCCGAGCCAAGGGCAAGUCGACCCGGUCGCCGAGCAAGGCGGAACCCAAAGGCCCGGAUGCCAACACACAUGUCUUCGUGCUACGCUGUCUAUCCCUCCUGCCGUCGGCCGUGUGGCAACCUGGCCUGCGGGACGAGCACAUGUCGGCGAUCAUGAGCGGGACGGAGUCGUUGGACCCGACGGUCCGGAGAGCUUGUCGGGGUAACGACGUCGCGGGCCGGACCGACGCGGCGGCGCGCGCGUCCGAGGUGAUCGAGAUCCGCUCCGAGGGUCUGCCAGAUCAAGAACGUGCCAAGGCGCUCGUCUCGGGGGUGACGCGGAUAUCCCAAGCCCUAGAAGGGAUCUGGGUCGACGGCGUGCGGCUCCUCGGCGGACUCAUGCGCGUCGGGAGCGCCGAGUUCUGUCGCGCAGUUGUGCAAGCUGCAGCGCAGGGUCUGCAGAAGGAGACGGAACAGACCCUCGUCGUCGCGCUUGCGACUGUGGCGUGCGAGUUCCCGUGUCCCGGUGAUGCGCCGGCGGUUGUGCGCGCACUGAUGCGGUGUCUCCCGGAUCUGGAGCCGAGCGUGCAGGAGAUUGGCAUGCUGGCGCUCGGCGCGCAGCUCGCCCUCAUUCCCGAACGGGAGCGGGGAUCGCUUGUCGACGACUCCCUCCGUGCCCUCGACAGUCUGAAGGCGAAGAGCGUGAAGCAUAUCGCAAAGGAGGCAUACGCCGAGGCGACCAAGUCCGCCCCAGCCUCUCCAGCAAUGAGCGAUUCGACCCUGGGACCGCGGAAAAAGCCCAAGUCUGGCUUGCGAUACAGUUAUGCUCAGCCUAAGCGGACACCAACGCCCAAGAGCCCCAUGAGCCCCAUGAGUCCCAGGAGUCCGGGCAGUGCCAGCUCGGGCACAGAGGGCAAGGGCAAGAGCAAGGACAGGGGGAGAAGCAAGGUGCUCAAGUCGCCAAAGAGUCCGCUGGAGCGAGCCGCAGAACUGGCAGACUUCAAGGCCAUGGGGCGGAGUAUGCUGGCCGAGGACGAGCUGGCCCUCGACGAGCUGAGAUUAGGCGGUAGAUAG